AUGGGUAAUUCAAUGGAACCAAUAAAGCCCCAAGAUCAAGACAUGAUCGAGAAAGGUUACCAUGAGGCUGAGGAAAUUGAUCGAUUGCUGGACGACUUCCUAGCUCGUCAUACCAGUACGUCAGAAGACCGCGGAAGCAUCGUUUUUGAGAAUCUGUCUGUAAUAGGAGCCGGUGUUGGGCAUCAACUUGUCAAAGAUGUCCCUGAGGCGUGUAUUCAACUCUUAAAGCUUGCUAGUCCAACUAGCUGGUGGUCCAGCAAGCCUGCUCCAUCUCGGGUCUUGCUCCACAGGUUAACCGGCUCGAUUCGCGAGGGAGAGAUGCUGAUGGUUGUGGGGCGACCCGGCAGUGGUUGUACAACUUUCCUCAAAGCCCUAGCCAAUAUGCGGGAAGAGUACCUCUCUAUGGAGGGUAACGUCUGGUAUGGUCCGCUCGAUGCAGCGGCAGCGAAGAAGAACAGACCCGAUCAAAUUGCUUUCACUGGGGAAAACGAUGUUCACUUUCCUACAUUGUCGGUAAACACCACGCUUCGCUUUGCUCUUAAUGCCCGGCGCGGCAUAUCGCAACAAGGUCGCGCAUUAAACCUUGAGCAAGACCUGCAAGCUGUGCUGCAACUCAUGGGUCUCACCCACGCCGCCGAUUUACGUAUUGGAAACGAUCAUAUUCGCGGAGUCAGUGGUGGACAGCGUCGCCGAGUAUCUCUCGCUGAGGCGUUUUGCACCCGUGCAAGGUUGUUCUGCUUUGAUAAUCCUACACGAGGUCUGGAUUCAUCCACAGCAAUCCGCUUCCUUACUGUUCUCCGGAAAUAUACGACGCGCAGUGGAUGUGCGACAGCGAUGUCUUUGUAUCAGGCGAGCGACCUGGCUGUUUCACUAUUCGACAAGAUAUUGGUAUUGAAUGAAGGCCAUGUAGCAUACUUUGGCCCGGCUUCUUCUGCCAAGGAGUACUUCGAAUCUCUUGGAUUUUACUGCUCGCCACGGACUUCCAUAUCAGACUUCCUUGCAUCCAUGUCAGGGACUCCGGAUGGUCGAAUCCCACGUGAAAAUCUUCAUCGGCCGGCUCCUCUUCAACCGGCUGAUUUUGAAGCCCGGUUCUGGGAGAGUGCUUUUCAUCAGCAGUUAAUGGAGCAAGCCAAGGCCCCAAGCCCCACACCAUUGACUAUAAAAGCCUCUGGAUACGCUCUUCCGAUUUAUCGUCAGGUCUACGAGUGCACUAUUCGUCAUUAUCGCAUCUUUAUGACUGACAGAGCUGCUUGGAUUGCCGAGGCUGCAGGAACUAUUGUGCAGGCACUUCUUCUUGGAACUCUGUUUCGAAAUCAACGCAACGUAACUGAAGGGCUGUACACACGUUGCUCAGCCUUAUUCUUCUGUGUGCUCAUAAUGGGUCUACAGUCAUCUGCGGAAUUUGGAAAUACGUUCGUUCAACGCCCAAUUUUGUUGAAACAGAAGGCCCUAAGAUUUUACCGACCCGGAGCGUACGCUCUGGGGCAGAUUCUGGCCGAUGUCCCAUGGAAGCUGAUUUUCAUCCUGUACUCCCUUCCAAUCUACUGGAUGAUUGACUUUCAGCGCACGGCCGGCCACUUUUUCACGUGGCUCGUCUCCCUUUACAUAGGCUUGAUGGCCCUUUCCGUGAUGUUUCGGGCCAUUGCGGUGUUUACAACUUCCAUCACUCGAGCAAUCCUGCCUGUCGGUCUGCUUCUCAAUGUCCUCAUCAUCUACACUGGAUUCUAUAUCACUCCACCUGGCAUGAAGGUUUGGCUGGGAUGGAUUCGGUACCUCGACCCAAUGUACUAUAUCUUUGAGUCCAUCGCUCUAAAUGAGAUCGGGAGCAGCACUUACCAAUGCAGUGCCAAAGAUACCGUACCCGUGGGAUUGUCCUACAAUAACACCAGCUAUCAGACGUGUGCGGUGUCGGGAUCCUUACCCGGUCAUCUAGAGCUUUCCGGCAAGCUCUACCUUAUAGCUGAAUAUAGUUUCCACUCUCUUCACAAAUGGCGGAAUGUCGGUAUCAACGCCGCCUUCUUCAUCUUCUUUUCGGUUUUAGUCACAAUCGGUAUGGAGAGGUUCCGUCACGCAGCGGCACACAUGUCGACUAUCUACUAUCGAAAGCUGCCGUGGACGAGCACCUCAAAUGCCGCUCUAACGGAUAUUGAAAAGCCACCAGUGACCAAGGAAUUCGGAAAUUCUGAGGAAACUUCAAAUAGCGAGUCAGUCGCCAAGCAUCUCGAGCCCAGUAAUCACGUCUUUGCAUGGCAGGACUUGACUCUUGAACUGGGCAAUGGAAGGCGCUUGCUUGAGAAUGUGUCAGGGUGGCUUCAGCCAGGCUCAAUGACUGCGUUGAUGGGUAUGUCUGGUGCGGGAAAGACGACCCUUCUUGACACUCUUGCGCAGAGGAUCCGAAUUGGCGUGUUGUCCGGAGGGCUUUAUCUCGAUGGAGGUCCACUCCCGGCAUCAAUUGGUCGUCGGACUGGCUUCGUCCACCAGAAUGAUAUCCAUCUUGAGUCGUCCACGGUACGAGAAGCUCUCCAGCUGAGUGCGAGACUCCGCCGCCCGGCAGCGAUUUCUUUCGAAUAUAAGAUGGCGCAUGUUGAAAUGGUCAUCAGGCUCCUGGACAUGGAAGAUAUUGCCGAUGCUGUCAUCGGUGUUCCGGGCGCUGGACUAGAUCUGGAGAGGCGUAAGCGUGUCAGUAUUGGAGUUGAGCUGGCGGCCAAGCCGGAUAUCCUUCUGUUCCUUGAUGAGCCCACCUCGGGCUUAGAUGGCAAUUCGGCCCUUUCAAUCGUCCAACUCAUGCGUAAGCUAUCAGAUUCCGGGCAAACGAUCCUGUGCACGAUCCACCAGCCAUCUUUUCAGAUGAUUGAACAGUUUGACUCCUUGCUACUUUUGAUUCCUGGUGGGAAGACGAUGUACUUUGGACCCCUUGGCCCGCGGUGCAAAACAAUUCUCGACUACUUUGCUCGCUAUACACGCCGCUGUAAUGAUACCGAGAAUCCAGCCGACUAUCUGCUAGACGUCAGCGCUAAGCCCCAAGAAGAUUGGUUUAAGAUAUGGCAAGACUCGCCCGAGUUCGGGUCCACACAGGAGCAACUUCAACAUCUGCUUGAGGAGAAAGACGUGGCAAACUCUGCGAGAUCUGAUCGAGUUUAUGCCGCAUCUUAUCUGGAGCAGCUUCAGGUGGUUACUCAACGUGCGUUCAUCAAUUAUUGGCGCGACUCGGAUUAUGUGCUAGGGAAGAUCCAACUUAACAUCUGGAUGGGUCUUAUGAACGGCUUGACAUUUCUACAACUAUCUAACAACUUGACGGACUCUCGCGGCCGCAUGUUCUCCAUCUUCGUGAGUGUCAUCACCGGACCUGUCCUCAGUCUCCAGAUCGAGCCCAGGUUCAUCAUCCUGCGGGACCAAUUCCUAGCCCGAGAGAAUGAGUCACGCUUCUACCAUUGGAGCGUGUUUACGAUUAGUGCCUUGGUAGUGGAGAUUCCAUUCACCCUACUUGGAGGCUUGGUCUACUGGCUACUAUGGAAUUAUAUGGUGGGAUAUUUCACCAUCUCAACGCGCGCAGGUUAUGCAUUCCUUAUGUACGAGCUUUACUCGCUCUUUGUGGCCAGUCUGGCCCAUUUUACUGCUGCCAUAUUCCCUACCGCCCUGGCUGCACAAGUCGCCACCGGCUUCGUAUGGCUAGUGGUCAACACCUUCAAUGGCCCUCUCUCGCCGCCGCCCCUAACCCCGCGCGGUUGGCGCUGGUUCUAUAACAUCUCCCCGCUGUAUUAUUUCAUCGAAGGCAUCGGUACCAAUGCCAUGCACGCGCUAGAAAUUACCUGUCAAAACUCGGAGCUAAGCGUCUUCAAUGCCCCGUCGUCGGAGACCUGCGGCUCCUACGCUGCCGCGUUCUUCAGCCAAUCCAAUUCGACAGGGUACCUGGUGGAUGCCAGCGCGGCGGGGCAAUGCGAGUAUUGCAGCUACGCCAAUGGCGAUCAAUAUGUAAAACAAUACGACUUCCGCUUUUCACAAAGAGGCCGCAAUAUAGGAAUCUUCAUUGGGUUCAUCUUAUUCAAUUACGCGAUGGCCGUCGUGGGGACGUACUUGAUCUUUAUCUUCAAAUGGCGGAAGCGCCACGUUGCUUCCGAAAUUUCUGCCACACCUAUCAGCCCGGGGGUUCGCACAGCUUUGGAAAUUGCUGGUACCAUUGCACAGUUAUCCAUAUCAAACUGUUUCGAGAUGGAUAUCCUGGGUAUUUCUUCAAAAACCCACAAUGAUCACCGCAAGACCUGUCGCUGUGCCGUUGAUGAUCAGCAGCAGAAGCCCACGGUUCUCGACCUAGAUGAGUAA